UUCUUUUGAGCCGAUUUUUUGGAUAACAAAAUAAUUUGGCAAAACAAUUGAUUGAUUUCUUUUUUUUCUGACCAAAACAUUUGUCGAUUUAUAAAUGGCUGGCAAUUCAGAUUUCACCAUACCAUUGAAUGUGGUGACCAAAAUCAUAGCCGAAUCAUUACCCGAGGAAUCUACAGUAACGGUCGAACAGGAUUUCAUCAAAGCAUUAGCACGUGCAGCACAUCUUUUCAUUCUUUAUUCUACAACACGUGCAAGCGAAAUGGCCAUAGGAAAUAAUCGACGAACCGUUCAUCCACAGGAUGUAUUAAGCGCUAUUUCAUUUUAUGGUUUCGAUCAUCUAAUACCGAAACUGAUUAGUUGGCAUAGAACUUAUGUGGACGAAAAACAACGGCUUAAAUCUAAACGAACGAUUGAUAAAAAAUCUAAUGCAGAAGCGACAACUAUUUCCAGUGAUCAAAUGGAAGUUGAAAUCAUUACGAAUGAUCUGGAUCAAUCUGAAACCAUAAACGAUGGUCAAUUUGAAAACGAUUGUGAUGAUUAAAUCCACCAUUAGUUUAUGAUUUGUGUUAAUCAAUUCAUUGUUAGAUAAAAUCAUCAUCAUCAUCAAUUUGUAAAUUUAAUUUUUCUUAAAAAAAUUAAUAAAAAAAAUCUUCAUAAUUUUGGAAUUUUGAAGCUUCUUCACUACUCUAGUGCCACCUAUGGGGCUAUACAAUUUAUUCGAUGUGUGGACACUUGUCUCAUCACGGAUAUCAUUGUAAGAUGCCCUUGAUUGUGUGAUUUUUUUCACACUGCCAAAUGAUCAAACACACCCUUAAAAUGUGGCCUAAAAUUAUUCUAUUUGGUGAUUCACAUACCCAACGAAGUUUUGAUCCAAACAAUGGAUGUUGGGGUGCAUUAUUGGCCAAUAAAUUUCAAAG